AUGCAUUCCCGCAGUUCAUCCACAUUGUCCAGAAGUUCGUCGAUAUACACGCUAUCGGAGGCAGUGAAGUUGCAUGAGUGUGUUCCCCCAGAUCGCUGGUGCAUCACUCGUGCGGACUUGAAGUACUUGCGUCAGGAGGUGCAGAAAGCAAUCCAGAAAGGCGAGAUACGGCCACCAGGUGAUGGCAAAGAUGAUUUCGAGACCUCUGACAGGGUCUUCGGGCCCAGUGUCUACACUGUCAACACGCAACAUAUCAUGCCCGUGACAGACCGUGUGGGCAAGGUGAGCUGGGCACUGAUGAUGCACCCGGAUGGCUUGGAGUGUCACCUCUUCAUCAGCCACGCCUGGCAGGAGGGCAUCUUCGAGUUCAUUUCGAAGGUUCUGCAUUCCUGGCCUACGACCGCGCUCCACGCAUGGUGCUGCAUGCUGGCGAACCCUCAGAACCUGAACAUCGGCGCCCUGCUGCAAGCUCCAGGCAGCUCGCCUUUUGCCUUGGCUUUGCAGGCCUCGUCCUGCGUGCUCGUGGUACCCAACCGGCACUGCAGCAUCUACACACGGUUGUGGUGUGUGUACGAAGCCUACCGUGCCCAUGAAGAGGGCAAGACGAUCAUCAUCGCACGCGCAUCGAACAGACGACAGCUCUCGCGAACCCUGGUGGCGACGGCCAUGCUAGGACUCUUGGGUAUUGCGGUGGGCGUCUACAUGAACAGCUUGCAUCGGCCAACCAUGAACAUCAUCCCUGUUUGCCUCGCCUUUGUGUGCAUGUUCGCCAGCAUCAGUCUGAACCAAUACCAGUGCCGCAUGAUCUUGAACAGGUCAGGUGCCUUCAUGUGUGGCUGUCUGAUCGUGCUGUGGCACCCAGUCUGCCACACAAGCAUAUGCUUCGACAGUCUUGGAAGCACUGUUCAGCGCAUUUGCUGGAUCAUUGGUCUGACUCUCUUUCUAUGCUUAGAGGUCGAUCGGGAGAAUGGCAGAGCGCGAGAGCAGGAAGCAGCACAACUGGGCUCUGGAUUUCAGGGCAGUGUUAUCCAUGCAACUUGUUCCGUUGCCGAGGAUGCCGCACGAAUCCAUGCUGAAGUGGGAGAUAAGACUGCUGCCGUGGAUUCUGCGAUCCAUGUGCUCUUGGCUGCCGGGAUGUCGUCUGAGACUCUCAGGGAAGUCGCGCGCGCCGGCGUAGACAUUUCUGGGGCAGGCCAUUCUGAGAUAGCUCUUCCAGGCUUCGUUUUCGCGACAAGCUUCGUUACCCUCAGUCGAAUUUACUUUGAUCUCCGUUACCUUCACGCAGCCUGGUACAUCUUGCUUGAACAAUGUGCAUCACUGUUGGCUCGGGCUGUUUUGCUCUUCGUUCUCUGUCGCAGUCCGCGGGAAGAUAGAUGCUUCAUCUUGAAGAUGACGACAAAGAUGACGACGUUCUUCCUCCUGUUGUGUUGCCCAACCAUCGUCCUCCUGCAACUUCGUGCUCCAGAUGGGGCUGGGCAGAGUGGGGAAGGACGAGCAGUUUGGUCCGCUUUGAUCACGAUCGCCUUCACCCUGAGCUUGGGAUUUGCUUGUUUGGGCAUGCGCCGGGUCGCGUCUCUGCGGUGGAUUGGACCGGGGCUGCUGCAGCUCUUCCUCACUCCGGGCCGCAAGGCCCACAGCGUCGGGUUUACCGCGUUUGCGGCUUACUAG